CACUCCUCUCCGCAUUAGGAAGCUGAAGGACCUCUCAGCUUGAUCGGAGAUUCUACACACUUGCAUUCGAAGUAGUGCAUCUAGAAGAUCAUGCAUAUUUUGGUUUAGGUUGUAUAGCUGCACGCUCGUAGUAUUUGGCUCAACACUACGAGCUGGCAAUGACGAUUCACGCUGUCGAAUUUUAUUCUGGCAUUGGCGGUCUUCACAAGGCUCUCGAUACCAGCUCUGUUUCGGGUUCUGUCAUUCGCGCUUACGACUGGGAUCAAUCAGCGUGCCAGGUUUACGAUGCAAACUAUGGAAAAGGCAUUGUGAAGAAGGCGGACAUAUCUAAACUGACAGCAACUGAGCUUGCUGAACUGGAUGCAAAACUAUGGCUUCUCUCGCCAUCUUGUCAACCGUACACAGUCUUGAAUCCAGAGGCAAAAGGCGCCACCGACCCAAGAGCGAAGUCGUUCAUACAUCUAAUGCACAAUGUACUUCCAGAGCUUGUCUCGAUGAAGCGACACCCAUCUCACCUGCUGGUGGAAAAUGUUGCUGGAUUUGAGACAUCUACCACACGGCAAGACCUUCUUCAAAUUCUGCAUGAACUUGGAUAUUCAAUUUGCGAACUCUUGCUGACGCCACUGCAAUUUGGUAUUCCAAAUUCUCGCCUUCGAUACUAUCUCCUCGCGAAAUCGGACCGUCGACCAUUUCCUCUUGUUCCACAUUGUCAAAAAGUGUGCAGACACAUACCAGGCCGGGGAGUGGACUGGGAGAAUACGAGGAUGCAGCCCGAAGAUGAAGAUUCAUCGAUCAGAGAAAUACGAGAGUAUAUUGACGACGACUUGUCAGAAGAUGACAUUCACCUGUAUUCAGUUCCUGAUCGCGUGUUGGAGAAAUGGGGCCGUUUAUUCGAUAUUAUCCUACCUUCUUCCUGUAGAAGCUGUUGUUUCACGAGAGGGUACACAAAGAUGGUCGAACGAUCAGGCUCUGUCCUGCAAAUGAAUGAGACACUUGACACUACGGUUGUGUUCGACACGUUUCUGAAGCGACAACAGGUCGGGGAUCCGAGCGCUAUUCGUAUUUUGGAUGACUUGAAGCUUCGAUAUUUUACGCCUGAUGAGCUUCUUCGUCUCUUCUGUUUUGAGCCAGUAGGUUCUAGAGGCAAUGAGCGGCAGGGCUUCGUAUGGCCGUCAGCGGUAUCAAUAAAGACACGGUAUAAACUUAUAGGCAACAGUGUCAAUGUACGAAUCGUAAAGGAAUUGAUUGAAUAUCUGUUCGAAGAAUAAAAACGACAUGUCGGCGUGAUCUUCAGGCGCACUUCACGAUGAAUGCACAUUGCGCUACAAUCAAAGAUCUAAACAGGGCAGUUUGGUAUCCCACUGAAAAGGAGCCUGGGCAAGGUCUAUUACCCUUGAAUAAAUAAAAUUUACUCGC